AUGUGCUGCAAGAACAAAGAAGCACGCCGCGCAUACAAACAAGCUCGCCGCUCCGAGAACCUGGCCUACAAAGAAGGCCGGUGCGGCACACGUUGCGACAGACCUGCGCAACCAAUCCUCGUUUAUGAGCGCAGACCAGGUCUCAUACGACUGAUUGUCGAGCAUUUCCUCCAGAGCCGCAGCUCAAGGCAAGCUCCUAUCCAGCAUGCCUCAGCAUAUGAGUCAAUGCCGCAGACGACAGGAACGAUCCAGGGGUCCAAGGAGAUGGAAAAGGAUGAUUAUGGGAUGCUGGGAAACACAAGACCAGAGAGCACGGUUGAGUUGCCGAGUUAUGGACAGGCUAUGAAACAGUGA